AAUGAUAAAUGGACAAAGUUGCAGGAUGGUUUAGAUGAUUAUUUACAGGCAUUAGUUCAAUUAAACUUUAAAAUGGUAUUAAUGAAUAAUGCAAAACGAUUUUAUCUUCCCAAAAAACUAUCACUUGAUCGAGGAAAUAGUCGUGACUGCCUAUAUAAUGAUAUUAUUGAUCUUCUUAAAGAGAAAGAGUAUAGCGCUAGUGAAAUAUGGGCAAGUGGAAGUUGUUGGUCUGAAAUAAUUCCUGAAGUUUUUAAUUUAGCUCUUAUGAUGAGAAAAUAUACAGAACAUUUGCAAAAGUCUUCUCAACUUACUAACAAUGCACAUUAUUCUACUGAAUUAGUUCAUAUACCCAGUAAACAUUGUAAACUUAAGACAAUUUUAG